AUGCGCGGCUUGGUGUCCUUCAUUGCCGACCUGCGAAACGCCCGUGCCAGAGAACUCGAGGAGAAGCGCAUCAAUAAAGAGCUGGCAAACAUUCGCUCAAAGUUCAAGCAGGGCGGUCUGAGCGGUUACGACAAGAAGAAGUAUGUCUGCAAGCUGCUGUACAUCUACAUCCUGGGCUGGAACGUCGACUUUGGCCAUCUCGAGGCCGUCAAUCUCGUCUCGGCCACAAAGUACUCGGAAAAGCAGAUUGGUUACCUGGCCGUCACUCUGUUCCUGCACGAAGAACACGAGUUGCUGCAUCUGGUCGUCAACAGCAUUCGCAAGGACUUGGCCGAUAUCAACGAACUCAACAACUGCUUGGCUCUGCACGCCAUUGCCAAUGUUGGAGGAAAAGAGAUGGGUGAAGCCUUGGCCUUUGACGUCCACAGACUGCUCAUUUCUCCCACAUCUAAACCUUUUGUCAAGAAGAAGGCCGCUUUGACUCUGCUCCGUCUCUACCGUAAGGCACCCAGCAUUGUGCAAGCCGAGUGGGCUGAGCGCAUCAUCUCUAUCAUGGAUGACACAGACAUGGGUGUUGCUCUUUCCGUCACCUCGCUUGUCAUGAAGCUUGCCCAGGACGAUCCUGAUCAGUACAAGGGCAGUUAUGUCAAGGCUGCUCAACGUCUGCAAAAGCUUGUUGUCGAACACGAAUGCGCCGGCGACUACUAUUACUACAAGGUCCCAUGUCCCUGGAUGCAGGUCAAGCUUCUUCGUUUGAUGCAAUACUUCCCUCCCUCGGACGACUCACAUGUACGUGCUUUGAUUCGCGAGUCUCUACAAAAGAUCAUGGACAAUGCUAUGGAGGCUCCCAAGAACGUCCAACAAAACAAUGCCCAGAAUGCUGUUCUUUUUGAAGCUAUCAAUCUCACAAUUCAUCUCGACACCGAGCAGGAAUUGAUGAUGCAAAUCUCGUCACGACUGGGAAAGUUCAUCCAGUCCAGAGAAACGAAUGUGCGUUACCUUGGUCUGGAAGCCAUGACACAUCUGGCUGCACGUUCCGAGAACCUCGAUCCUAUCAAAAAGCACCAGAGCAUCAUUGUGGGGUCUUUGCGCGAUCGCGAUAUCAGUGUGAGAAGGCAAGGUCUGGAUUUGCUGUACAGCAUGUGCGACACAACAAAUGCUAAGCCCAUUGUUGGUGAGCUCUUGAAGUACCUGCAGACCGCCGAUUACGCCAUUCGCGAAGAGAUGGUUCUCAAGAUUGCCAUCUUGACAGAAAAGUAUGCUACUGACAUUCAGUGGUAUGUCGACAUUUCGCUGCGACUUAUUGCCAUGGCUGGUGACCAUGUCAGCGACGAGGUCUGGCAGAGAAUCAUCAUGAUUGUUACCAACAACGAUGAGCUCCAAGUUUAUGCCGCGUCCAACAUUUUAGAAUACCUCCGAGCAGAGCAAUGUCACGAGAUGCUUGUCAAGAUUGGCAGUUAUCUGCUUGGCGAGUUCGGCCAUUUGAUUGCCGAUAGCCCCAAGUGCAGUCCUAUCGAGCAGUUCAUGGCAUUGCAGUCGAAAUUCAACGGCAGCUCCUCGAGUACGCGCGCCAUGAUGCUAUCUGCAUUCAUCAAGUUUGUCAAUUUGUUCCCAGAGAUCAAGCCGCAGCUCUUGCAGGCAUUCAAGACGUAUAGCCAUACGCUGGACUCUGAGCUCCAGCAACGUGCAUGCGAGUAUCUGACUCUGGCCACGAUGCCAACGGAUGAUUUGCUUCGAACAGUCAUGGAUGAGAUGCCGCCCUUCCCUGAGCGUGCUUCUGCAUUGCUCUCCAGAUUACACUCCAGACAGCACAAUACAACCGACAAACGCACAUGGAUCGCCGGCGGCAAAGACGCCAACAAGGACCUCAAGGAGCGAAACAACACCCUCAAACGCACCUUCAGCGCCGGAAACACGCUCGACACAACCUCCACAGCACAAUCUCCCGUCAAAGCCAACGGCACCAAAACGCCAGCCGACGAACUCGCAGGUCUAGACUGGGGCACUUCUGAAUCCAAAACGCCCAACUUCGCCAGCGCAGACCACUUAUCUCCAGGCUGGGAGAGGGGUCACGCACGCAUGCUCAUGGUACCCGAAGGCAUUCUUUACGAAGACUCGCAGAUUCAAGUGGGCGUGCGCUCAGAGUACCGCGGCGAGCUGGGCUGCAUAAUAAUGUACUUUACCAACAAAUCAUCAUUUGCCAUCAACUCGUUCACAACGACGCUCAACAACCCUUCGCCGGACAACAUCAAGAUUGACGUCAAGAGUUUGCCUGAGACUACUGUGCAGCCGUCCACGCAAACACAAGCGAUGAUCAUGUUGGAAUGCCGCAGCGUGUUUACCUCGGCACCCACCAUACGCAUUUCCUGGCUCGCUGGCGCUUUGCAAGCAUUGACUCUGCAACUACCUCUUGCCAUUCACAAAUACCUGGAACCUGCUUCACUAUCAGCCGACGACUUUUUCAAGCGCUGGAAACAGAUUGGUGGGCCUGGUCCCCGCGAAGCCCAGCGCAUAUUCUCGGGCAAGGAUGUUGCUCCCGUACCUACAAGACGCAUCUUGGAAGGAUUCAAGUGGGGUGUGCUCGAUGAGGUGGACCCGAACAAGAAGAACUUUGUGGCGGCGAGUGUGUUGCACACGAGCCAGGCUGGAAAAAUUGGAUGUUUGGUGAGGUUGGAGCCGAACACUAAUAAUGGGAUGUAUCGGCUUACCAUCAGAGCUACUGAUGAGUCUGUACCGCAGAUUCUCAUGGAGGCCAUGGAGAAGAGAUUGGCUUUGGGAGAGGCGCCUUUCUACCCACCAUAG